AUGCCUCAAUUCACAAAGCCUCGCACGCUUGCUGUACCGGUCAAGACUCCGCAGGGUCACUUCUUCUUUGCUGGACACACCAUUGAGCGUGUCAAGUGGUGGAGUUCUGGCCCAAUGAGGAAGCUCUACUUCUUGCUUGUCGUCAUGAUCAUGACCAACACCGCCAAUGAUUUUGAUCGCUCCAUGAUGAACGGUCUUCAAAGUCUCUCAUACUGGCAGGAAUCCUUUAAUCACCCCUCUGGCUCCAUUCUCGGCCUUUUCAACGCCUCCAUGAGUCUUGGUUCGCUGAUCGGCCUUUUCUUCGUGGCCUACACCAUCGACUUGCUCGGUCGUCGCGCCGGUGUUCUCAUCGGAUCAGUAAUCAUGUGUCUCGGUGUUGGUCUCCAGACAGGCGCCGCCAACUUUGGAAUGUUCGUUGCCAGCAGGCUUCUGAUUGGAUUUGGCGACUGUAUUGUUCUUGGAUCUGCUCCUCUUCAUAUCACUGAGCUUGCGCCACCACAAGACCGUGCGGUUCUGGUCACUCUUUUUGGUGCUUCAUAUCACUCUGGCGCUUUCAUCGCAAGUUGGGUGACAUAUGCGACUCUGAAGAUUCCUAGUGACGAGUCCUGGCGUCUACCCUCUUUGCUUCAAUGCACUUUCUUUAUCAUCAUCUCCAUCGCCAUCUUAUUCACACCCGAGUCCCCUCGUUGGCUCAUCAGUAAGGGCCGAUCCGAGGAAGCAUUGGACAUCAUUGCCAAGUAUCACUCGGUCAAUGGCGAUCGCGACGACAAGCUUGUGCAGCUUGAUUACAAUGAGAUCGUUGCAGCCAUCAAGAUGGACCAAGAGGCCAACCGCACUGGCUGGCUCGACCUCGUCAAGACCCCUGGCAACAGAAAAAGAUUGGGCAUCAUCACUGCUAUCGGCUUCUUCUCCCAGGGGUCUGGCAAUGGAAUUAUCUCAUACUAUCUCUCUACUAUCAUGAAAGAUAUCGGCAUCACUUCUGCAAAGACUCAGCUCGGCAUCAACGGUAGCAUGAAGUCAACUUCCCUCGUCACCAACAUGGGUAUGUCCUUCUUCGCAGACAAGAUGGGUCGUCGCCCAAUGUUCCUGAUCUCAACCAUCGGUACUUUCUUCGUCUUCAACAUUGCGACUAUCUUGGCAGCGCGUUAUGCUGCCACACCUCACUCUUCUAUUGGUGCCGCAUUCGUUGCGAUGCUGUUUGUCUAUGGCUUCUUCUACGACUUCAAGAACGGCCUCAUGGCUACAUACACGACUGAGAUCAUGCCAUAUGGUCUUCGUGCUAAGGGCUUCACCUGGCUCAACUUCUGCGUCACGCUUUCCCUGUUCUUCAAUCAAUACAUAAACGCAAUCGCACUUAAGGCACUCAAGUGGAAGUACUACAUCUGCUACUGCGUCUUCCUCGCCUUUGAAGUCCUUGUCAUCUACCUCUUCCUCGUCGAAACUCGCUACACUCCUCUUGAGGAAAUUGCAAAGUACUUCGACGGCGAAGAAAGGACUCUUGAUGUCGCUGCUGUUGCGAACGAGCAAGUCAAGCAUGAUGCUGAUGAAGAGAUCAAAGAGAAGGGGUUGACUGUACAGCAAGUUGAAAUUGUUGAGAAGGUUUGA